GAUAUUUAAUAAUAAUAGUAUUUAAAUUUAGGUUUUGUCCUUUUUAUAUAGAUGAGCUUUAGUUGAGUACAAUGUUGACUGGUGUUCCUUUUUCCCUUAAGACCUUAAAUCUAGGUGUGUCACAAAAUAAAAACCCCACAGGAAGAAUCAAAACAAAACCACCUAACUGUCAGGAUCAAUUGACAUAAGCAGGCGUGUCUGUGAAAAACAGGAUUUGAGCUACUUUCACCGACUCCUUCAUAUUAGUGAUGGCAGCUCUACAAGGGAAUACAAGUCAUUUCACCAUGGUCCUUUGGAAAAUCUUUUUUUUCUUGACCUGUUCAGGAAGUCUUGGGGAGUGGAAGAAGAGCUGUGAUUCCUGCCUAAAGUCUCGGGCUGAUGGAAAACAACAUCUAUAAGGAAUUGCAUCAACUCCAAACAACAAAGUACGCCAAAGUGUUUGGAGCUAUUCCAUCUGGGGUCAGUAUUUUAGACAUCAUCAAAGGAUUCACUCAGAGAAUACUUCUCUAUUGUCUUCAGUAAAUACUCCCAUCCUGUGGGGAAAAUCUUUAUAUCCUGUCACCAAAGGAAAACUAAUAGAUCCAUAAGAUCAUUAUUCCGGGUCAACAAUGCAACACUACCACCUAGUGUUUCUUACUGGGUUAGUUUUGCGGCUGAUAUACCAUGGAAGGAUGUUUGCCUGGUACCCAAUACAUUUUUGGUCACUAACAAAAUAAAAGAAGUUUCAUAGAGAAUUGUGCAUACAAUUUAUCCGGCCAAAGCAUAUAUUUAACAUAGAUAAUGUUGUAAUUGGUUUUACUUUAUUAAUUUUGUUGUGAUAUUUAAAGUGUUUUAUGUCAAGUGAAUUGUUAAUCUGAUUUGCACUUCAGGGCCACCGUAUACUUAUCUAUCUCUUCUCAUCUUUUAAAUCUUUCCACAUUUAAAAAUUUUAAAAAGAAAGGUUACAUUUAAUUGUCCUUCAUCCAUGUAAGUAAUUUCUUAAUAUGUACAAAAGAAAAAGAGAAUUUUUUUUUUUUUUACAUAUAGCAACUACUUAGACAAUAUGAUAUAUUUAUGGGGUGUGAUCAUGUUUAUACUUCACGUGUUUCUAAAGUCUCGUUUUUUUUUUAAAUUCACAAUUGAAACAUUUUGGCAGCAUUUUAGAUAAAUAAUUAGGCCAAAUUCUUGAACACAACACUCAAACUAUUAAAAAAACUUUUUAAGGCAAAUAAACAAUCCAAAGAUUGUAUUAUACAGGUCCGUGCACCAGUAAUUGAUAUAAAAUGGCUAGAGUUUAGAUUAAACUUUGCUGUUUUUUAAUUGACUUCUUUUUAUUAUUAUUGUUAUCAUUACUUUUCUGUUUUACACUUUACUGUUCUGUAAAUGUAUUUAUAUUCAAUAAAGUUUUUUUUUACUUUGAAGUUGUUGUUUAUUAGAAGGCUAUGUCUUGAUAACUCCAGAUUCUUGUUAUGUUAAUCUUUAACAUCCUUUUAGUGACGAUUCUGAGUUAGUUAGUCAGUGCAGCUGAAACACAAAAAACUGUAGUGUUGCUUGGUUUAAAUAAAGCUUUAGGGAAAAAACAGCUGUGACGUAAUUGCUAGGAAUGUUUUGAAGGGAAAGGGGCGGUGGUGGACUGUCACUGAAGCACUCAACUGCUCACCCCAGUUUAACUCCUGGACACUGAAACACUUCACAACACUAUGGCAUCCGUUCAUGCUCUCUCCAAGGCAAACAUCAACUUCUCUCUGGCUAUGCUCAGACAGCUGAGUGAGGAUGACAGAACUGCAAACAUCUUCUUCUCUCCGUUCAGCAUCUCUUCAGCUCUGGCUAUGGUGUUGCUGGGAGCCAGAGGAGACACAGCCACACAGAUGGCUGAGUGCUUGAAGAUGCAGGACUGUCAGGAGGAAGUUCACACUCUGUUCCAACAACUGCUGGAGGAGCUGAACAAGUCGAGUUCUGGGUUUCUGCUGAGUGUUGCUAACAGGCUGUAUGGAGAGCAGUCUUUCCUCUUCCUUCAGGAGUUCCUAGAACAAACCAACAGCUGCUACAAUGCAGAACUUGAGUCUGUGGACUUCAGAAACAAAUACGAGGAAGCCAGGAUCCAGAUCAACAGCUGGGUGGAGAAGCAGACCCAAGGAAAAAUCAAAGAUGUCCUCUCUGAAGGGACUUUGAGCACAGAAACCACUCUGGUGUUGGUCAACGCAAUCUACUUCAUGGGAAGCUGGGAUAUACCGUUCUUGAAUUCUGACACACACGAUGCUCAAUUUAAACUCACCAUGUUUCGCUCAAAGUCUGUGAAGAUGAUGAAGCAGAAAAGUGUCUUCCGGCUUGGUUUUGUUCAAGAAGUCAACUGCCAGAUCCUGGAGAUGCCUUACAAGGAGAACGAACUGAGCAUGCUCAUCUUUUUACCCAAGCAGGGAGGUCUAAAAAAGCUGGAGAAACAUUUGACCUAUGAGAAAUUCACAGAGUGGACUCAUCCAGACAAAAUGCCUCAUACUUAUGUUAAAGUAAGAGUGCCUCGAUUCAAGCUGGAGGAGACGUAUGACCUGAACAGAGUCCUGACCAGCAUGGGCAUGGUGGAGGCUUUUGAUCGCAUGAGAUGCAACUUCUCCGGUAUGUCUGGAACCAAAGAUCUGUUUCUGUCUCAGGUUACCCACAAGGCUUUUGUGGAGGUGAAUGAGGAGGGAACGGAAGCAGCUGCUGCCACUGCUGCUUGUUUGUGCGGCGCCUCUAUAGCCAUGCUUUGGAGACGGACUCCCACCUUCACCGCAGACCACCCCUUCCUCUUCUUCAUCCGCCACAACUCCAGCAUGACUCUUCUUUUUGCUGGACGCUUUUGCUCUCCUGGGUUAGAGCUGUGAGGCCGAGAUGAAAUUUACUGAAGAAAGUCUAUUAGUCGUAUCCCCAAAUACUGUACAUCUAGAGAGGUUUAUGUUACAAUGAUAAAAUUACCUAAGAAUCA